CAGUUACAACACUGAUUCGUAGGAGUAAACACACUCAACAGAAAGAAACCUAGAAAAGUGGACCAUUUCAAAAACUUUUUAAGUUCUCAAUUUUAAAUAUCAAUCGCCACUUGUAAGGCGUGUUAAAAAUUCCUAAAUUUGUAAAACACUGAAUCUUACAUAAUAUUGUACUGAAACCCAACUUGAAACCUCUUUGUCAAGUGAACCUUACUAUCUGCAUACUGCAACCGAUCCCGAUUUGUAUUCAAAAUCCCGACUGCAUCGAUCUUUCACUACUUUCGUGCUAAAUUGUGUCCAUUUCCUGGCUGACCAUGAAGAUCCAAAAAUAUUGCAUGGGCUCCAAAUCGCCGGUGUUCGUCAGUCACUUGGCCCCGUACAACUUCCUGAGGGAAUACCGUCUACUAUGCGAAGAUCCCGAGAUACCACCGACGACCCUGAUUGCAGAGGCCGUCCAGGCCUGGCAGGCCCUCAGUGUCGAGGAGAGGAGCCUGUUCGAGGAGACCACGUAUCUGACGGCCAAGUUUGGCCAAUCCAGCAAGUCGGCCUUAAGACUAACCAUUGACUUGCUGUCGGCCCAGCAGACCACUGUGCGCCGGGUGCCCAGUAAUCCCAGUCUGCAUACGAUCUCCAGGAAGUCCAAGAAGAUUGGCAACGGUAACAGCAAAUCGGUCAGUAAGAAAAUGGAGCGCAAAAUGCGCUCAGCCAUCAAGAAGGGAGUACCCGAGUCGGAUUGUUCUUGGUGCGGGGCUAGCACCUCUAAGAAGUCCUCCGAUAAAUGUUCCGAAUGAAAAAUAUAGACCCCUAAGAAGAUUUUUAAGAUCACAAUGGUCAGGGAUGGAAAAUAUAGGUACACUACAAAAUAUAAAUGUGUUUUGUUGCGGGUUUCUAAUCUA